GGUACUUCAGUAUAUACGCCGUCAGUUAUCGGUUGCCGAAGAGGCGUGUCUUGGUUGAUACUCACAUAGGUUUAACGGAGGGCUAUGUCUAGUGUAGUCAAUGUCUUUGUUGUGUCUCCCGACACGCGAUCCGAGAGACGAUUCGAGUUGCAUACAUCAAUAGAACAGCUUAAGAACAAACUUGAAUUGUUCACUGGCAUCCCAGUACAGAACCAGCGUAUACUGCUCUUGGACAAUGAACAGGAUCCGAACCCUGUACAAGUACUGGAUGAUGACUCUCGCCCGCUGGGGUACUAUAGCAUACGUGACUGGCAGGUCUUGAAGGUUAUCGACACAAACCCUUCGACAUCUUUCACAGGCCAGCUUACAGAUACAUCGCAAGUUGAAAAGUUCGAAUUGAGUGAGGAAGCAUACGCUCAGCGGCAAGAUACUGUGUUGGCAUACAAGCAGCAGAACAAGAUUGGACGGUUCGCCGAGAAGGAUCAGCUGCCGCAAAAGCCCGUACCCGAGGUAAACAUCCCGAUAGGUGCUCGGUGUGAAGUCGAGACGGCGGAGGAAAGCUUCCAUAAACGGGGUAAGGUGAAAUUCGUUGGUCCUACAAAGUUUGGCAAGGGCGAUGGCGUGUGGGUUGGCAUAGAGUAUGACGAGCCGAUUGGUAAGAACGAUGGCUCCGUGAACGGGGAGAGGUACUUCACCUGCAAGCCAAACUUCGGCGUGUUUGUGCGCCCAGAGAGAGUGCGCGUUGGCGAUUUCCCGGUCGAGGAGACACAUUUCUCGGACGAGGAGAUGUAGAGACUGCCGUUUGUGCUGGCAUAGCAAGCCUCCGAGUUUAAGCGGUAUACUACAGUUUGAAUCCACCGAUUAUG